AUGAACGGAGCAGCGGCGGAGGCGGUUGCCCCGGCUGCCGUCGAUGCCAUGAGCGCGGUGCGGUUCAGGGCGGGGCACAGCGCGGCGCCGGUGGCAGCGGGGUCGAUGUCAAGGGCAAUCAGCGCAGCUGCGAGUUGCGUGGCGCUCAGCGCGCCCAACGUGGCGUCGUGCGACAGGGGCGGGCCUGUAUCAGACACCCUGCUCGCCACCCCUGCCAGCGCAGAUAUGGCGCCUGGUUCAAUGACCGUCGCCGCAUACGCCGCCAUCGCGCCAGGGCAGUCGGCAUUCGUGCCGGCAGAGAGGGCCACCAGCGUCUCCAGGCCGGGGACGAGUAACAGGUACCGCCCCGGGCCCGUGCGCUGGGCGGCGGGCAUGCGCAGCAUCGCGUCCACGAAAUCGAGCAGGGAUUCGACGGGGAGCAGCCCCGCGAGCGUCAGCGCCGCCGAGUCGUGCAGCGCGGAGGACAGCGUAAGUGCCCGGCCCUCGUCCAGGGCGCAGUCGGCGCCCGGGCACGCGCCCUGA